UACUUUUUAGAAGUUGUGCCCUUCCUUUUGCUGAUGCAUGUUCCAGACUUUCACUUUUCCCAAAUUUAGAUCUAGGGUUAAUGAGAGAGACGAUUCUGGAGAGAAAGAUUCGCCGGCCACCGGAUACACAACCCGUCGACUAUCUGGAUAUAUUGAUAGAAGUGGGUGUGAGUCCAAAGAAUGCAAUAUUGUGAAAAUCAUCAGGAGGAUCAAACCAAAGGCUAUAUUUCCACUUCAUUCAAACUCUAAUUUUACCAUCCUUCUAGAGCUUUAAGAAGAAGAAUCAAAGAAGAACGCAACUUUCCACUGAUCUCCACUUCAUUUAAACCCUAAUUUCAACGAAGGUCCACCGUAGCAAGUCAUAGGCUCGUAAUCUUCCUGUACCAAAACCCUAAUUUACAGAUUCAUAUGCAAUUUCAUCAUCGUUACUGGUGCUAUUGCUAAUUGUUCCGGGGUUUCGUUAUUUGUUCAUGUGUGUCAGGGAGAUUUGGUUACAAAGAUGAAUAAUAAUGUUUUUCUUUCCAACGUGGCUUCUGUGGUUAAACGAGUGAGGAAGAUGACCGACAGAGUUUCACUCUCAGCUGAAGGAAGUGGUGUUACUGUAGAGGGAUCUGCUUCUUUCACAGAAGAGGCUGAUACAACUCCUGUUGCUGACACAAAGGUUGCUAUUGAUGAAGAUGAUGACUGUGGUGUGGAUCUUUUUGGUGAAGAGACCGAAGAGGAGAAGAAGGCUGCUGAAGGUCAUGCAGUUGCAGUUAAGGCAUCUGGAAAGAAGAAAGAAUGGCUCUGGAGGUACAACUUUGUUUCAACUACAAAUUCUCUUGCAAAAUGUUUGACAAAGCCUAGCAUUUACAUUCCUAUCAAGAUACAAAAGUUGUGUGAGAUCAAGUCUUUUUUCAAAUAAAUACGAGUAUGAGUGAGAAUUGGAACAGUCUAGGUCUGGUGCUUACAAAAGCUUUGAAACAAAAUUGUUUUUGAGAAUGGGUCAGGUACCUUGGCUGCUGCUAUUGAAGGAACAUAGGCGAUGUCUUAGUUGCAGGUUAGAAACCGUUACCGGGUACUGGCGCUAACAUGGGAGCAAUGACAAAAGUUUGAUAUGGGUCAAGUUGGGUAGUGCAGCUUGCUGGGUAUUGCUGUUGUAUGCCUGUAUGAUUUAGUUUAUUAUGUUUGUUUUCCUUUUUGUUUCCCUUGGUGUACUGGGGUGAGCCUCUGGCUUGUGGUUUUUUUAUGUGUUAAUAAUAAAAAUGGUGUUUUGUUUGCCAAACACGGCGGGUAAUAUAUGUGGCCCCGGCCGCAACGCGGCGGAUGCUAUUUCUAGUUUACUCCAA